CCACAAUAAGCUAAGAACUCAAACUCUUCUUUAGAAUAUUCAUCAUUAAUUACGAUCUACAUUAUGUCUAUAGUCUCGACUCAAAAGCAAUUAAUCAAUUGAAGGACUUCCGUCAUUACUCAGAAUGAAGAUAUAUGUUGUGAUGAACAUUGAAUUUCCUCAUUUAUCUUCUUAUGCUUCCAAUAAUAUUCUUUUUUACCACUCAUCAAUCAUCUCUGAUAAAUCUAUUUCAUAUAAAUUUAAUUAAGGCUAUAGUAUCUUAAAAGAUUUAUAUCAGGACAUAAGCAUUAUCAUAUCUUUCUAAUAAAUUAUAUUGAUUUCAGGUGGUGGUGGUACUCCUAAUAUUGGUUAUUAUUAUUGUGUCAAUAUGGUUGUCGUUUCUGUAACAGCCGUCCUUGCUACUACUGUCAUACAUAUUUAUGUUCGUGGUGAUCGACGUCAAGCAAUUCCUUUAUCAAUACGUCGUUUUUUUCUUCAAUAUCUUGCUCGUUUAUAUUGUAUGGCACCAAAAACGCCAACACCAUUAUCUGAUACUGGUUCAUCUCGUUAUGGUCCACCAUCUCCCGGUGCUCUUUUAUUACCUGAACAUAUAUUUUUAACACAUCAUUAUCAUGAAGAAGAAUUUUCUAAAAAACUUAAAUUACUUAAACAACGUUUUCAUGAAUUUCAUCAAAAACAACAACAACAACAACAAAGUUUAGCAAAUGAAAAUUCUAUAACAAAUGAAACAAUGUCAGCGCUUAGUUUAAAUUUACGUUCUAUUGAAAAUGAUUUAAAAGAAGUUCGUGAUUAUUUAAGACAUAUGAAAAAGAAAGUUGAAAAUACUGAUCGAUCAAAUAAAAUUGCUGAUGAUUGGAAACAAGUUGCACUUGUACUUGAUCGAACAUUUUUCUUGGCUUAUUGUCUUUGGUUUGUUAUUUCUGUUGUUGUUAUGUUUCCAAAAACAAUUAAUAUAUCACAACGUAAUUGGCCAACACCGGAUAUAACAGCAUUACAAAAUACUACUGUAGCUACAGACAAUUUUACAUUGAUUUAA